UCAAGUGAUUCAAUUAACCACCAAGACACAAUUGAACAAACACACUAACUUUGGCAACUGCAAGCAAAGCUUCUUUGUGCAUUAUUAUUUUGGGAGAAAAUCAAGUUUGAUAUAUAAUUUGUAACAUUUCAAAUGGCUCUUGCAGCAGGUAGCUUCACCCACAUGCCAGUGCUACCCACCCUCAAAUAUACGUCUAAAAAAUCUAUGACAAUUACCAUAAAAUGUGCUAACAACAAAAACAAAACAAAAGUUUAUGCAAUGAAACCAAUAGUUAGACCAGGAGGAGGAUUGGGGACUGAUCCGCAAUCGACAAUCAAUCGACGACCAAUAGGUGAACCAACGGGUAGCACAGGAAGCGAAGAUUUGGGGACUGAUCCGCAAUCGACGAUCGAUUCCCAUGAUGGUGAACCAACGGGUAGCACAGGAAGCGAAGGUUUGGGGACUGAUCCGCAAAUGGAGAAUCCUCAGCUACCAACAAAUCCACCAAAAAAUUCUGAUGAUGAUGAAGAUCAACUUGACAACACUUCUGCAUUCAAUCUUACUGGCAAUGAGUGAGUGGUGAUUUUUCAAUAUGAAAAAUGAUAACAAAUGCUUUUAGGGCAUUGUUUAAGCAUAACAAAUAGUAAUUUUUAUAUUAAAAAUUGUAUAGUUAUGAUUUUUAUAUGUGUUAGUCUUGCAUUUUCAAGACAAAAUUUCUUAUUAUAGGUUUCUUAAACAAUGCCUUUAUCGUAGGUUUCUGUUUACCCGUGUUUUUGUAAAUAAGAUUGUUAGUUUUAAAAGGUUACUUGCAGAAUCAAACUAGAAAUAAUAUGAUAUAUUGUGCAA